GGCCCCAGAAAGACAAUUCACAUGUCCACUUCCUUGCUUUCUGAAAGAAGAGACAGCUUGGGAUCUGGGUCGGCAGGCAGUGAGAACAAACCUCCUGCUGAAAGGCUGCUUCAAAGCUCUGUCCAACAAGGCCUCUUUCUCUGGCAGCUCCCUCGGGACACACAACCUGGUUAGCUGGGUGACUGGGGUCCCGAAGGGGUGCACCCUGAACUUCUGUCAAAGUCUGAGCCCUGGGAAGGGCUGGAGCUCUGAGUUGCAGGAGGAGGGGCUGAGAUGAACUGAAGGGUUACCACUGAAUGCCAUGGUGCUGGUGGCCACAGUGCGCUACAAAAAGUUGCGGCAUCCCCUCAACUACGUUCUGGUCAACGUGUCCGUGGGAGGCUUCCUUCUUUGCAUCUUCUCUGUCUUCCCUGUAUUCGUCGCCAGCUGUCACGGAUACUUCGUCUUUGGCCGCCAUGUUUGUGCUCUGGAGGCCUUCCUGGGCACCGUAGCAGGUCUGGUGACAGGCUGGUCACUGGCCUUCCUGGCCUUUGAGCGCUACAUUGUCAUCUGUAAGCCCUUCGGCAACUUCCGCUUCAGCUCCAAGCACGCACUGAUGGUGGUCCUGACUACCUGGACCAUUGGUAUUGGCGUCUCCAUCCCACCCUUCUUUGGCUGGAGCCGGUUCAUUGCUGAGGGUCUGCAGUGUUCAUGUGGUCCUGACUGGUACACCGUGGGCACCAAAUACCGAAGCGAGUACUAUACGUGGUUCCUCUUCAUCUUCUGCUUCAUCGUGCCUCUCUCCCUCAUCUGCUUCUCCUAUGCUCAGCUGCUGAGGGCCCUGAAAGCUGUUGCAGCUCAGCAGCAGGAGUCAGCUACAACCCAGAAGGCUGAACGGGAGGUGAGCCGCAUGGUGGUUGUGAUGGUAGGAUCCUUCUGUGUCUGCUACGUGCCCUAUGCGGCCCUGGCCAUGUACAUGGUCAAUAACCGUAACCAUGGGCUAGACUUACGGCUUGUCACCAUUCCUUCGUUCUUCUCCAAGAGUUCUUGCAUCUACAAUCCCAUCAUCUACUCCUUCAUGAAUAAGCAGUUCCGAGCUUGCAUCAUGGAGAUGGUGUGUGGGAAGGCCAUGACAGACGAAUCCGACAUAAGCAGCUCCCAGAAAACAGAAGUUUCUACUGUCUCGACUAGCCAAGUUGGCCCCAACUGAGGACCCAAUAUCAGCCUGUUUGCAGCAACUAGAAUUAAAUUUUACGUUUAA